AUGAAGCGAGAUUUCGGCGCGGCUGGGUUCUUGGCGGCGGCGCGGGAGGCGAACGUGCACGAGUGCGAGGACAGCGGGAUGCUGGCCGUGUUCGUGGGGGAGUUGGAGAAUUUGGAGGAAAUGGCGCGAGAUUGUGAUUUGCCGAGCGACGCGAACCCGGCGCACGUGGUGACGCAAUUGCGGUCUACGUACGGAACGCACUUUCUGGAUGAACUCAAGGGGAGUUGGGCGUUCGCCAUGGUGCAUCCGCAGCGAGAAGCGGUGUUCGCGGCGGUCGAUCGCGACGGUACGCACACGAUUUACCGUGGACGAGGGUGUGAGGGCGGGGUGAUCAUCAUGUACGCCCCGCGAGGGUCGAGUUUUAACCCGCGACAGUGCGCCGCGCUAGAUGUAUUUGAGCUCACAAAGGUGCCCGCGGGGAGCUUCAUCAGCGGCAACAAACACAUCUCACCGCAUCGAUACGUGAUGACGAAGAGCGAUCAAGAUUUGGCCGAUACGUGUAAUACGUUCGACGACAUUCAAUACGGUGGCGGCGAUGGCACCGGACUGAACGAUUUUUCAAAGUUGAAGGCGUCUCUCGAAACGCCUUCAGCGGAUUGA